AUGGGCUUCUCGAAGAAGCCAGCCGACAACCGCGCCGCCGACCCUGCCCCUGCGUCCGCGUCUGCCUCCCAGGAACCGUCGUCGACCAGCAGCCUCUCCUUUUUCUCGCGCUUCACCUUACCCCUCCGGUCGCGUGCCCGCUACAUUGCCGACUUCCAUAUCCGCCCGGCUGAGCCCCAUCGCAAGUAUGGUGCGGGUGACCAGGUGCAGGGUGCCGUAGUCCUGACCGUCGUGAAGCCCGUCCGCAUCACCCACCUGGUCGUGUCCCUCCAUGGUCACAUGCGCGUCUACAAGGGCCUCAACGCCCCCACGAACGAACCCAUAAUUGAUCCUGCUGAGGCCCUGACUACGUCGAGCCGUGGUUCGCGUCAUAAACAUCUCGGCAACGGCUGCGUCAGACUCUUUCAGGAUGAGCAAACCCUCAGCGGCGAUGGGAGGCUCGAGCCGGGCAAAUACGAGUUCAACUUCAACCUGCUGUUCCCAGCGAAUGGUUUGCCGAGCAGUAUAGAUUUCGAACGCGGGACAAUAUCCUACAUGAUCACGGCGACUCUGACGCGUCCGACGUCCAUAGGCACUAAAACAGCGCCUAAAACGAGCUGCGAGCGAAAACUCUACCUCGUUGAGAAGCUUGACAUAGGAUCCCUGGCCCCACCACGACCGCGUACCAUCUAUCUCGAGCCCAUUUCUAAGCGACCUAAAAAGAAGAAGCCGGUUGCUGUCAGUGUGGAAAAGGCUCCCGUCGCAAUCGACGGAGCCGUGCCGAUCUCUGAACCCGACUCGUCUCGGGCAAACGAGAACUCCACCGAAGGCUCCCUAUCCGUGAUCGGCGAAGACCUAGAACACGAACUGACGGGCAAUAAUCCUCGAAGUCCACAAAGCGAUGUCCGGAGUGUAAGCAGCGAGAGCGCCGUUAGCGGUAGCACUGGCCAAAGCAGAGCGGGAGAUGCAAACUAUGCGGUAGCCACAACCCCUUCACUCGCCGGGAAGAAAGUCCCCGCCGUGAAAGAACGAACCAUUACGGCAACCGUCGAACUGCCAAAAGGCGGUUGCCUUCGAGGAGACAUGGUCCCCAUCAAAAUAUCGGUCCAGCACAUCAGGCGGAUCAAGAGCAUGCACGGUGUCAUCGUCACUCUGUAUAGGUUGGGGCGCAUAGAUUCGUCGCCGCCAUUGCUCUCCAAGGAACUGCCCGAGGCCGAGGCUCGGAGGUUGGAGAAGGAAGAAUACUACCCCAGGUCCAAGACAGGGCUGGGCGGCCUGUCUCUGUCCUCUGCAGGGUCCUGCAGCGUGUUCCGAAAGGACCUGUCACAGGCCUUUGCCCCGUUGAUCAUCGACCCGGACACCCUGACUGCCAAUCUCACCGCUUCGGUGCGGGUGCCCGAAGACGUGUUUCCCACCAUCAAAGGUGCUCCGUACGAGAUGAUCUCGUUCAAGUACCACGUCGAGGUGAUCGUCGACCUGGGGGGGAAACUGGCGAAUCAAAUACACGGCAUCAAGCCGUCUGGCACGAGAGUGAGUCCCGUGGCGGGACCCCUCGGCCUAACCGGUAACCCGUACGAAGGCGGUCCCGCCACCAUGACCUCUUGGAGCUCGAGCAUUAUUGAUACAGACGGACUCCGGCGCCAGAAGGGCGUCAUCUGCGUUGUGUUUGAGGUCGUCGUGGGGACAGCUGACAGUAGCCGGCUGCGAGCCAAAGCGCCGGCGAAGCCGAACUCUUUCGUCCACAACGUGCCAGUCUUGGAAACUGAUGUGUACGAUGGCGAUCAGAAUGAGAAGCAACCAUGGCCAAACGCCCCCGAGGACGGCAACGGGUACCCGUCAGAUGAAUUUCCUCAGGACUAUAGCCCAUCACCUCAUUUUCAAGCGCCCCAACCUUACCCUUACUGGGGAACCUCUUCGCCACAACAUCCGCCUGCCCCCCACUACAUCCCUCCUCCGGACAUCCCAGACGAUACCCAUCUCACCGACAAAGAGCGCAUUCGACGUGCCGAGCAACGGUUGCUCCCCAGCCAGCCACCAGAAGCCCCCGUCGCGGGCCAUUCCAAUUCACAUCUCGCCAACGGCGAGAACAUCUACGACGCCGACGACCAAAUACCAACGCCUGUCGCGGGCCCUUCGGACGAUGUACAGCCGUCUAAUCCAACUCGAGAAAAUUAUUUUGGCGCGCCGUCGGCACCAGCGCUAGAGGACCUGUCCUCCAACACUGGUGCCCAUACGAAUGAAGAUAAGCAGGAACUCGAGAGGCGUCGACUGCUUGCUGAAGCCGGCGCGCCGCCCGAAUGCCCUGAAGAUUACGACAACGGCGGGAGCAGCAGCGCCGCAGCAUCAGCACCAGCAGCCGAGCCGAGUGCUCCCCCUAGUCACGAUCUCCAACCCUCAGCCCCGGUGCUAGAGGAUGAGGGCGCGUAUGGACCGCAUUACACUUACGGCACGGCGGGGACAGGCACAUUGCCAUUACCGGCAUCGAGGAACGUUGCCGAGCCAGAAGAGCCGUUACCAAAGUACGAGCGGUGA